UGGAAAACAUCUAGGAUUUUAUCAGCAUCUUGUCGAAUUUCUUCUCCUCCUACUCAUCCCAAUUCGAAAUGACGAUUAUAGCCUCUAUCAGCCGAUUUGCUCGCAAGUAUAUAUUUAGCCCAGAGGCUGUUGUGCUGUGUGUGUUGGCGUUGUUAGUCUACAACUCGCUGUACCACGUUCAGCCUCUGUGGAAAUACUUACAGCGAGCUAAAAUCAAGAUGCAGCUGAAGUGGAGUGGGAAAUACGAUCAGAUCGGCAUUGAAGCCGAAAGAGAAGUUACGUCCGAGAAAAAUAAGGCGUCUUGGGAGCUCAGGAAAGGCAAUGUGGCGACGUACGCUAUCCAGGGUCGACGCCCGCAUAUGGAAGACCGUUUUAACGUUGUUAACGAUUUAGAGCAUACGGAGACGUCAAUAUAUGGUAUAUUUGACGGCCACGGGGGAGAGUUUGCAGCAGACUUCACAGAGAAGACCUUGUUUAAAAGCCUUAUGGUUCGCCUGUUGAAGUCGGCCCUGGAAGGAGAGGCAGAGAACUUGACACGGGUCCUGACAGAGGAGGUCCUUCACGUUGACAGUCAGCUGCUAUCUGUGGAGAAAGCCACAAUGGAAAUAUCAGGGACAACAGCUUUGGUAGCACUUUUGAAAAAUAAUGUUUUAACAGUUGCCAAUGUUGGAGACUCAAGAGGUGUUAUCUGUAAUAAAGAUGGGAAAGCAAUUCCUUUAUCGUUUGAUCAUAAACCACAACAGCUUAAAGAGAGAAAGCGCAUCAAGAGGGCUGGUGGUUUCAUAAGCUUUAAUGGAGUGUGGCGUGUUGCAGGCGUCUUAGCUACGUCCCGAGCGCUCGGAGAUUACCCGUUGAAAGAAAAACAAUUUGUCAUAGCUGAGCCAGAUAUUUUAACCUUUGACCUGGAUGACCUCCAGCCACAGUUCAUGAUUCUGGCCACUGAUGGAUUGUGGGAUUGUUUUUCAAAUGAAGAGGCUGUGGAUUAUAUCAGAGAGAGGCUGGACGAGCCUCAUUUUGGAGCCAAAAGCCUGGUGCUGCAGGCGUAUUAUCGAGGUUCUCUGGAUAACAUAACUGUCAUGGUGGUUAACUUUGCCGCAAAGAACACACCUGUGAAACGUCCUCAAGUGCGACGCUCAUCCAGAUAG